GCUGCUCAAAAGUCUAUCUGGGCUAGACUAACAUCAUCAUUAGUAGUGUAGUUACAAUAACGAGCGGCAUGAAAUUUGGUUGAUGGGUUAGGCAUACGUAAGUACUGCCACUAGGGGGUGGCAUGGUGGCAUCGACGAGGCGCGUUAAUGAGAGCUUGGGAUUUUUGUGUCUUUUGAUUCACCACGUGAAAUAUUCAUUCCAUUCUUUUCACUCCUAACGAUCUUGUAUAUUGUUUUCCACUUGAUAAAUUGCUUCGCUUCGCUUCGAACUGUAGCCAUCAUCAUGAGGUCUGCCAAGUCUAUACCUAUUUUGAUUAAUUAGUCGAGAUAGUGGGAAAUAAAAACGAAAGAAGAAGAAAAAGAAAAAAUUUCUCCCAUACCGACAAGUUUCGAUGUUAAGCACUUAUAAUAUUCGCGAAAGGCUAGCUAGCCUCCCAGACGGUCGCAUCUGUUCUCUAAGAUGGCAAUCUAUACUUCGCUAUGCCGCCGUCGCCUUUGUCGUCUCUAUAACCCUAUCCGGUAUCUUCUUGUUCCGCCGUCCCGAGGGCUUUCUCCGUAAUACCGGAUCCCAUUACUUUGAAUACUUUUGGAAUCGCACCGCGGACCAUCCCAUCGAUCAUCUUAUCAGCGAUGCGCACACUUUUCACGAGAACUUGCUCAAGCAGCGGAGCUUCGACCUUCCCACGGCUGCAGCCCGCUAUCGCGAGAGACGAGGGCGACAUCCCCCUCCGGGAUUUGAUGCCUGGUUUCAAUAUGCGACAGAACACGAGGCGAUAAUCGUCGAGUCUUUCUUCGAUAGGAUAUAUGCUGACAUUGCGCCGUUCUGGGGACUCGACCCCCGGACGACUGCCGAACGAGCCGCGUCGUGGGAUUACGUCGUACGCGUCCGCAAAGGCGUCGCUAGCGGUGUAGGCAACACACAAGGCAAGGUUCCUUGGCUACAACUAUGGACUGGCUUGGUGGCCGAAGCUGCGCCGUGGUUGCCGGACGUCGAUAUGCCUAUCAAUUAUAUGGACGAAUCUCGGUUGAUUGUUCCUUGGGAAGACAUGGCGACUCUGAUGGAGAAAGAGCAGGCAAGCCGCUUGGCAAAGCCUUUUGGCGAGGUGGUGACGAAAUAUAGCGGCCUUGCUGAGGUUGAUGCUAAGGCCGACGAUGCCUCACCCUAUAAUCCGAAUUGGCUUGGGGGAAGUUACUGGGACCUCACACGAGUGGCUUGUGCUCCCGAUUCUCCAUCGCGUAACGUGGCACCAAUUCAAAAUUUGGAGGAACUGCCUGUGUUCCCAGAAGACUGGGAACCUGAGUACUCAUACAAAGGAUAUGUCCGAAACUUUACGGCCGCUACGGAUCCCUGCGUCCAGCCCCACCUCCGUGGCAUGCACGGCACGUUCGUUGAGCCCCUCACGAUGUCAACGAGCAAGGAGCUUAUCCCGUUAUUUGGUGGAUGUAAGCUACUUGUAAAUAACGAGAUACUUAUCCCUGGCGCUAUGUACUUGACAGACGACCCUUUCUAUUCCGGCGGAGAUACUCACGGGCCGUCUUGGCGGAGGAAGACUAAUGGAGUCGUAUGGCGAGGUGUCGCAUCUGGGGGUCGAAACAAGAAAGAGAACUGGUUUCAUUUUCAGCGGCAUCGACUUAUAGAGAUGCUAAACGGAACAACUGUGUCAGGAAUAGAGGAGCACAGCUCCCGCGCCAUGACGUUCGAGAUGCCAUCAAUGCAAAAGUAUGAUUUCCCCCGACGACGCGAGGGAACCGUUGGCACUUGGUUACAAGAGUUUUCCGACGCUGGUUUUGUCAAUCUACUUUGCUUUCCAGCGGAUUCCAACUGCACUUAUGUCCGACCUUACUUCUCUGAAGUGCAGAGUAUUCCCAUGAAGGAGCAAUAUAAGUAUAAGUUCAUGCCCGAUGUCGACGGGAACAGUUUCAGUGCGAGAUUUAGAGGGUUUCUGCUGUCAACAUCCCUUCCGCUCAAGGCUACCAUAUACUCAGAAUGGCAUGACGACCGCCUGGUUCCGUGGCUACAUUUUGCUCCUAUGGAUAACACCUUUCAGGAUCUAUACGCCAUACUCGAUUAUUUUACUCGGGAUAGAAAAGGCGACGUCUCUGCGCGCUUCAUUGCCGAAGAAGGUAGAUCUUGGGGCUCAAAGGUACUCAGGAGAGAAGACAUGUUGCUUUAUGUUUGGAGACUACUGCUCGAAUUUGCACGCGUAUGUGAUGAGAAACGGGAUAUGCUUGGAUAUAUAAAUGAUUUAAGACCGGUGUAAUGAGUAUAUGUAUAUAUAUGUGUGUAGACAUAGCUUGUGUAUAUUUAUUUCCUCUUGACGUAUCUUAACUAGAGACUUUAUUGGGAUAAUCGGUGCCGUGGCGCGACACGUUCAGCUCAAAUUAUAUCUCUAUCUUUUACUACUGUUCAUGGAAAUUGUAGAUGAAAUCGACCCUUUUAAGUUUGCUCUCUGUGUGCUGUUUUCACUGAAUCACUGAAUACCUAGGUUAGGCACCUUCUAUCUGCCCAGCUGCGUCGUCUUCGAACUACUACCCAGGUUAGUGGGUAGCCCACUCACAGAAAGCACGAUAUAGUGGACACGUCUAUGUAUCAAAUGAGGUAGAGAAAGAAUUAAAUAUGAUCUUGUCUAUUUUCCUUGCUCUUUUCUCUCACGAC